AUGGAUGCUCACCAGAUGACGCCGUUUAUCGUUGACCUCUUCCGCUCUUUCCUAACGGCCUCUCCCGUUGGGUUUCUUCCGUUCCUCCGAAGUUUGCCGCGGCGGGACGUUUUGGGGAUUUUGUUGCGCGACGGGAAAAACAAGAAAAGCCGAUCAAGCACGAAGUCGCGAAAUCAAAUCCCGUGGACGUCGCACGACCGUCCGUCGCGGGACGACGGACAUUGGGAUCAGUUUGGGAUAUCCGAGAAACGCCAUGUGUUGUCUGGGGUUAGCGACCUGAAUGUGCUUCCAACUGACGGAAUGGAUAUUUCUUCACCACUGGGCUCGCGGAAAAUUUUUGUGCGUGUUGUGGGCUUUUGUGGCGACAACCUGUCGAUGCACGCUAUUGGCGGCUUCACAUGCAGUUCCAGCUGUGGCAGGGUUUGCCGAUAUUGUUUAACGAGGUCAAGUGAACUGGGUGAAGUCAAAAGCGAACGUCACCACAUUGUACGGGAUGCAAAGACACACAUUGUUCAGCUAGAAGCUAUACAGGUGAACCCUUGCUUGGCAUCUCCGUACGGUGUCCCAGAAAAGUCCCCACUGCUGGAGUUGGAAUCCUUCGACGUUAUGCGCCAGCUUCCACCAGACGUAAUGCACGACAUAUUCGAAGGCACGUUUGCUGUUAUCAUGCAUUACACCCUCAGAGGACUCGUUGAAGAUAACGUCCUAACUGCCGGAGGUAUCCUGCGUGCCGAUAGUUUCCCGUAUGGCACCAACGACAACAAAAACAGGCCUGCGAAGAUCGGCGCGUCAUUUCUAAGUGAUUCCAAAUCCAUGCGGGACUCUGCCUCUCAAAAAUGUUGCCUUUUUCGUCUCAUGCCUUUGAUUUUCGGCCCCAUCGUACCAGACGUGAACCACAAGUGGGAACUAUUCCUCAUCUUCCGGGAGUUGGCGGACAUUAUUUUGGCGGAGAAAAUGACAUCUGAGUGCCCCCAAUAUUUGGAAGACAAGAUCGAAGACUGUUUCAUGACGUUCUUGGCCAAGUACCCGAAUGCUCGUGUGCCUCCGAAGCUCCAUUACAUGGUUCAUUAUCCGCGAGUCACCACUGAGCUUGGGCCCCUGAGGCAAUAUUGGUGCCUUCGAUUUGAAGCAAAACACCAGUUUCUUCAAGAGUCAUGCCGCUAG